AGGCACAAACGCUUCAGCCGCCGCCGCGCCCGACUCGGCGACUCCGGCACCGACGAUGGCCGAGACGGUGGACUUGGCGAGCAGCGACGCAGCGGAGUGGCGAGCGGCGCUGGCGGCGUACGACCGCCGGCUCGCGGCCCUGGGCAAGCCUGACCUCGUAGAGGUCGACUCCUUCUACCGCCACGACCUCCCUCCUCUCCUGCGCCGCCGCGACCCGGACCCCUUCCUCGCCAAGCCCGAGCUGGUGCGCCUCCUCCAGUGGAAGCUCUCCCGCGGCAAGUGGAGGCCAAGGCUGAUGGAUUUUGUGAAGGGCUUGGAGGAUGCAGUGGUAGAAUCAGCAUCACGCAAGGCAUUCGCAGCACUGCCUGACCUCCGCAAGGCCAUCACUGAGCUCACGGCGCUCAAGGGCAUUGGCCCUGCCACAGCAUCUGCCAUUCUCGCUGCCUAUGCGCCUGAUGCUGCGCCAUUCAUGUCUGAUGAGGCGAUGGUGGCAACCUUAGGCAAUGCAAAGGAGUACACUCUGAAGCAGUAUCUUGCUUUUGCUGAGAAGUUGCAGACCAAAUCGAAGGAAUUGAGUUCAAGGGGAGAAAUUUUCACACCUUCUGAUGUUGAGAGAGCGUUGUGGUGCUCAGCAAUCGCAUCCAAGUCUCUUAAGGCGCCACCGGGUGAUGACCUUAAGAACAAGUCAAAGACACAUGGCAAGAGAAAACGAUGACUCCUGCCAGUGUUCUAGCUGAGCUAGGAAUUACUGAUGGUAGGUCUUAGCGCUUGGAUUGUUCAUUGUAGCUUGUGUGCCAUGUAAGUUAAGAAUGCUUUUGGACCCGCAAAAGGAAUGUGUACUGCAUGCUCCCGAUGAGCAUGUUAACCCUUUUGUACAUGUCUACACGGGACAUGGAUGCCAGAUGCUACCAUGUAAAACGCUUGUUAAGGAAGGAGUUCGGUGUGUUGUUCUUUUUUUCA